CGUAACGAAACAUUCGGGCGGAAAACGUCCUUAAAAAAACGAAGUAAAAAAACUGCGGAAACACCUUCGCGGUGUGUAUAUGGUGACAAACCUGUCGCUAAUGAUAGCUAGCCGGUGACGUCACACGACUGACCGUUACCGCCAAUUUCUGGGUUGGGUCGACAAAUAUGCGCAUCGACGUUGCAAACUAGACGUUUUGUGUGCCGCGUAAUUUCGUAAUUGUUCACUUCUGACGGGGAACGAAACGCCUAAGCGCUCGACUAGGUUAAUUUUGUCUUCGUACCGAAUACUAGUUUAUUUUUCUGCCACUUUAUUUUAGGUAAAUCUACACGAACAUGUUCGGACGUGCCACUUGUCCCGACUUGGGUUAAAAAGUCCGGACGUCCUCCUGGGAAUUGAAGACCAUCUCGGCUCAGGCAUCUCCUGCACACGACUGAGAGCCUGCGCGAUGCCAACUUGUCAACGGGGAGGAAAGCCGAGGAACAAGAAAGGCUGCGAGCCACCGAAAAGGGACAGCUGCUGCUCAGCGAGAAUAAUGAGCUCCACCUUCUGAAGGAGGGCAGAAGGACCAUGCCACCAGGGGCGGGAAAACGCCCAGAGUUACUUUCAGAUGUCAGAGAAUGCAGGCCAAUGAAGCCAUACCUCCUCCAACUUGUCAUCUUUCUCCACUUACAUCCGCUCAUCCUGCGGCCUCCCGGCCUGAGGAUCUUUUCGUAGCAAACGGAAGGAUCUUUGAGCUGCAGGAAGAAGUCAGCAAGAUCAAAACCGACCUGGAAAAAGCCCACGGAUGCAUAAAACUAUUACUAACCCAAGUGGCCGAGCGGGACAAAGGGAUAGAGACUCUCAAUCAAGCCCUCCGCGCAGGUAGACCACAUGAUGUUGUUUCUGUGGACGCUCAAAACAACACCAAUAAGAAAGUGAUCGCCUAUCUUAACCUUCAGAUCGAGUACCUUCAAGAGUCCAACAAGAUGCUAGAGGAGAAGCUUUCGGAAACACAGCAGAAGUUUUCGGACAAAAUGGCCGACCUUUCUUUAAAGAACUUUGAGCUGUGUCGAGAUGUGUCGCAUAAGAACAACAUCGUGAAGCAGGCCCAGACGGAUAAGAAGCGAGGCUUGUGUAUCGCUUACAGGAAGUUGUACGCUUCCAAGGAACUCAUUCUUGAUCAACAGGAACUCAUUAAAGAUUUGGAAGAUAACCUAAUAAAAAUAAGAACUGAACCUUCAGCGAUGAACUCAAGUGGAUUCACUGGAUUGGAUAGGAUUAUUGACCUGGAAAAGGCUGUUCAGAGUCUGGAGAAGGAGAGACUGGACCUGCGCUCACAACUUUCCAUGCUGAGAGACAGCAAGCGGGACGCGCAGUCACAGAUGGAUGUUUGCUCUGCUGCACGGCUUCAGGAUGAAGAAGCAGGAAAAGCAGCCCACUCUUUACGUAAGCUGCAGGGGCCGCCAAACAGUCACGAGUUGCAGCUGGCGAGCAUGUUAAAACAGCUGGUUGACUCUGAGGAGGAAAUGGCAGGACUCAAACAAGACAAAGAAAGCGUUGCCACAAAAUACAGGAUGUUGCAAGAUGAACUGACCAGACAGAAGCAAGCUGCACAUGGCUUGGAGGAUGUUUUUCAUGAGCGUGAUGAGCUAAAACUCAGAGUAAGCUCUUACAUCACAACAGUGUCCAGGAUUGAGAACCUGUUGAAGACAAAGGAGCAGGAGAAUUUCGACCUGCUUGAGCGCUUACGAAAGGCCCGCUUUGACAUACAUGAAAGGGAUCAGAGGCUGCAGCAAGUCGAGGACCUCAUGGCGUCAGUUGGCAUGGAGCUGCGCAAAGUUCAUCCGGCUUCUAUUCUCUCUGAUCUGGCCUGUGCCAGGGAGCUCAACGCCAAACUGGACUCGGACAAUGAACUCGCCGUAUGUCAACUCACAUCCAAGAGCGUAGAGCUUGAGCUGGUGAAGGAACAACUGGAAGAUAUCCAGUCAGAGCUUUUAAAAAAGCAACUGGAAAAAGAGAAAGAAAAGUUGACCCUGCUCUCCAACACUCUUCAAAAGGCCAGCGAGGGGGAGUCACAGAUGAGGUUCCAACCAGACAGGCUCAUCCCAGCAGACAAAAUGACUGGUGACUGCAACUACGGGAAGCAGGUGUCCCAUCUUCAAAGUCGAGUCAGUCAGCAUCGGACGGAGACGAACGACUGCAACACAAGAGUGACAUCAGAACGCCAGGAGCAACAUGUGACCUUCAAGGAUUGAUCUCAAAUGAAGGUUUCUGCGUUAAAGAUCUUUCAUCAUGUUGCGGCACAUGGAGCUCUCCCUGGAUCUUAAUAACUAUACACGUCCUCUGUCGGGUUCACUUAUGUAUAUGGGCGGCAGUAGCUGA